GAGCUAUCAGGCCCCUAGCAGAAUGGCACAUUACUGUUCCGUGGUGUGCAUACGAUGUCAGCAAAAAAGGAAGAAAACGAAGCAGAAGAAGAGACGGAAGAAGAAACAUUAUAUAACGAUAUUACCCAAGAUGAUGAUGACGAACAACCUAUUUUCGACGUUAAAAAAACUCGCCGAUUUCGGGCCAAACAAAACGCCCAAAAGUUAGCUUUGUUGUUAGAUUCUUUUACAGAAGAACAGAAUUUAAGAUAUGAAGCUUUUCGUUGCUCAACUUUUCGAAAGUCUGCCAUGAGAAAAGUUUUAUUAGAGUUUACUAAUUCUGUUUCUAACGAAACCGUGAUUAUCUUUUCCGGCAUUUCUAAGUUAUACUGCGGUGAAAUCAUUGAACGUGCUCGCGUCGUUCAGGAACAAUGGAUGGAAGAAGGACCUCUACAACCAAAGCAUAUAAGGGAAGCUGUGAGAAGGCUUAAACACACAGGACUUUCAAUAUUGGCUGGUAGUUCGUCUAAGAAAAUAUUUUAA